AUGGCCGUUAAGAACAUCAACGUCUUCGUCAGCACGUUUGCUGGCCUAGGCCCGUCAACUUUGGUGCUUCCUGUGCCUUCUUCAACUACUCUAUCGGAUUUGCGCCAGCAACUGAAUGAGCGCCUGCCCGCGACUGAAAACCGCCUGAUCUUGACGACUGUAUCAAACAAGGAGUUAUCGCCGUCCUCCACAGCUCAAGUUGCCGACCUCCUCUCGUCUGAAUCAGAUGACUUCGUCUCCCUGCGCCUGUCGCUGCCGCUAUGUGGUGGCAAGGGUGGUUUCGGAUCCCAGCUGAGAGCUGCCGGAGGUCGCAUGUCAUCCAAGAAGAAGCGCAACCAGGGAGACGCCAACAACUCAAGCAGAAAUUUGGAUGGCCGACGUCUGCGCACCGUGACUGAAGCAAAGGCUCUGGCGGAAUACCUCGCCAUUAAGCCGGAGAUGGAGAAGAAGGAAAAGGAGAAGCGCCGCGAAAGAUGGGAGCAAAUCGUCGAAAUGUCAGAGAAGCGUGAGGAUGAAAUCAGGAACAGCGGCAAGGGUCGGCUGGACGGCAAGUGGGUCGAAGACAAAGAAGAGGCAAAUGAGAGGACUCGUGAGGCCGUCCUCGCCGCGAUGAAGGCUGGCAACUACAAGGACAAUCUGCUCGGCACAUCGCAAGUGUCUACCGGCUCUGAGGAGACGGACGAGGCCAUGACGAGCGAUGAAGAGGAUGAAGAGGGCGGCAGCUCCAAGGAAUCCACGCCUCCAUCAGAACCUGCAAAGACCUCCAAGGAUAAGCCCAGAACAUUUUUCGGCUUUGACGAAAACGAUGAGUUUAUGAGCUCCGAUGAGGAUGAGCAAGAUCCUAAGGGCAAGGGACAAGCCAAGUGA